UUGCAUCCAGUCAAAAUGGCAUCGACAAUAUCUGAAGAUGCCAUAUCGACGUGGACAAUUCUGUAUCCCACCUACUUUGACAAGAAAGCUACAGUUAGUGGCGGCCGCAGGGUUAACAAAACACUUGCGGUAGAGGACCCUUCCGUAGAGGACAUACGCAUAGUUUGCGAGAAACUGAAGGUUCCAUAUAAAGUAGAACGUCAUAAAAUAUAUCCCAGAGAUUUUUUGAAUCCAGGGCGAAUCCGUGUUUAUUUUUUGGAUCCUAACGCUGAAUCCAAGGCUACUACCAAAACUGGAUUCAUCUCUGAAAUAGCGCCUUAUAUCGCUCAAGUGAAGUCUACCCAGAAAAGCGUGGUAAAAUCAACUACUAGUAGUAAAUCUAGCAAGAAAAAGAAAGGCAAAUAACUUGGGGGAACAUCCCACAUUAAUAUUACAUGUUUAUCGUAU